UUUUGUUUUUGAAUUCUACCAUCAUCUCAUUUUAAUUAUUUAGGUUUGCCUUCGUUAAAAAAAACAGAGAAGAAAAAUAACAGAAGGGACCGCAGAACGCAUCACAUCACACCUCGACUUAGUUCUCAGCAUCCCAUUCCCACCCUCUUUGGCGGAGUCUUCAAUCUGCCUUCCUCCUCGUUUGCAUCGACAUUAUUUCAACUCCUUCACCUCCGCCUUCUACUUCCAUUCCUCCACAAUCAGCUCUCUCUCUCUGAGCAUUUUUGAUCAGAGCCUCCAUUUGGACUCACGUUCCGAAGGCUUUUAAUUUGAAAAUGGACGCCAUGACCGUGACCAAAUCCGCCAUUUCACCUCCCGUAUGCUCCCCUCCUUCUCUCUUUCUGAGCUCCACCGGCUGGGAUGGCUUAUUUGGGGGGAGAGCUAAAGGAAUCAGGAUCUCUCAAUGUUCCUUUAUGGUGGCAAAUAGGGUGAACUUUCCUAAGCAGAGAGCUCAUGCUGUUCAAGUGAGUCGUAGGUCUAAAAAGCAUGGGGGAGCUCUUGGUGCAACAUGUCGUGAUGAUAAAAUAUUGGUAGCAAACAGAGGAGAAAUUGCAGUUCGUGUGAUUCGAACUGCUCAUGAGCUGGGAAUACCUUGUGUUGCAGUUUACUCAACAAUAGACAAGGAUGCACUUCAUGUGAAGUUGGCUGAUGAAUCAGUUUGUAUAGGUGAAGCACCAAGCAGUCAGUCGUAUUUAUUGAUCCCAAAUGUUCUAUCUGCUGCCAUCAGCCGUGGAUGUACAAUGCUGCAUCCUGGUUAUGGGUUCCUUGCUGAAAAUGCAGUUUUUGUUGAGAUGUGCAGAGAGCAUGGAAUCAACUUUAUCGGGCCUAAUCCUGACAGUAUUCGUGUUAUGGGUGAUAAAUCAACUGCUAGAGAGACAAUGAAGAAUGCUGGUGUCCCAACUGUCCCGGGAAGUGAUGGAUUGUUACAGAGUGCAGAAGAAGCUGUCAAGCUUGCUAAUGGGAUUGGCUUUCCUGUGAUGAUCAAGGCAACAGCUGGUGGCGGAGGACGUGGAAUGCGUCUUGCUAAAGAACCGGAUGAGUUUGUGAAGUUAUUGCAGCAAGCUAAGAGUGAGGCUGCAGCUGCAUUUGGAAAUGAUGGUGUUUAUUUGGAGAAGUACAUUCAGAAUCCAAGGCAUAUUGAGUUCCAGGUUCUUGCAGAUAAGUUUGGUAAUGUUGUUCACUUUGGAGAGCGCGAUUGCAGCAUUCAGAGAAGAAACCAGAAGCUGCUUGAAGAAGCACCAUCUCCUGCAUUGACUCCAGAGUUGCGGAAAGCCAUGGGUGAUGCAGCUGUUGCUGCUGCGGCAUCAAUUGGUUACAUUGGUGUUGGAACGGUUGAGUUCCUUUUGGAUGAAAGAGGUUCCUUUUACUUCAUGGAAAUGAACACUCGAAUUCAGGUUGAGCAUCCAGUGACAGAGAUGAUUUCUUCUGUUGACUUGAUCGAAGAACAAAUCCGUGUAGCUAUGGGAGAAAAACUACGCUACAAACAGGAAGAUAUUGUUCUUAGGGGCCACUCAAUUGAAUGUCGUAUCAAUGCUGAAGAUGCUUUUAAAGGGUUCAGACCUGGGCCAGGGAGAAUAACGGCAUACUUGCCAUCUGGAGGCCCAUUUGUGAGAAUGGAUAGCCAUGUUUAUCCUGAUUAUGUUGUUCCUCCAAGCUACGACUCUUUACUUGGAAAGCUUAUUGUAUGGGCUCCAACAAGAGAGAAGGCAAUUGAGCGCAUGAAGAGGGCUCUUGAUGACACUAUUAUUAUAGGAGUACCUACAACCAUUGAAUACCAUAAGCUUAUCCUCGAUGUUGAGGACUUCAGAAAUGGCAAGGUUGAUACUGCCUUUAUCCCAAAGCAUGAGCAAGAGUUGGCACCGCCUCAAAACAUGGUGCCAGCCAACCCUGUCAAAGAACUGGCAAAAACAGCUGCUUAGCGGGAGCACUUCUGUUAGCAAUCGCAAUAGUUCCAUUUUAUUAUAUUUUUUGUUCCCCCAACCCCCUUCUUUUUUAUUAUGAGAUUAAUUAGAUAUUUAGAUUAUGUUCAUCCCCCCCCCCCCCCCCCUUUUUCUUUUUUAUAUUUAUUUUUUCCCCCAAUUUGAUGCAGAAUGUUGGGCAGGAACAUUUUUCUUAAUUAUUAUCAUGAGUAGGGAAUGAUUUUUUUA